GUUACUCCCUCAGACUAUAAAAGUCAAAUUAUGAAACGCUUACACGAAGCCUUUCAGCUUGUCAAAAUCAAUCUUUCCCAAACUCGUGAACAACAUAAAGCCCAGUACGAUAAACGCGUAAAAGAGCAAAAAUUUAAUGUAGGAGAUAAAGUUUUACUGGAUAUGCGAACGCCCUUGGCGGGAAUUAGUAAAAAACUCAUUCCACGUUUUAUAGACCCUUUUAGAAUUUUGAAAGUAAGCAACAAUAGUACUGUGGAAAUACAACAAGACGUAGGAAAACAAACUCAGCUUGUACAUGUGAAUCGAAUAAAAUCCCUAUUUGAGUCAAUGAUCUGGAAAGACGAACCAGGUGUCGACUUUUUUUAUGUAAGAAUUGAGAAACAAGCCGAAAUAUUCGUACAAGAAACCGUAGAUGAACUCGAGACUUUUCCUCUACUCCUAGAAACAAACCUUCAAUCUGAGUUAGAACAAAUUCCUUGUGAAAAAGAAACUCCUACUCAAAAUUUGAUGAGACCUCCACCCACAAUUCCUCCUACUCCAAAUUUAAUGAUAAGUUCACCAACAAUUUCCUUACCUUCCAAACCGAUUCCAGAGACGUCAACCUUACCCAUACAACCAGAGCGUCGCCUCGGGUUACGUCCUCGGAAUCUUUUAAAACCAAUCAUACCGUUUUUCUCUCGCCUCCAUGCUCUUAACAUCACUAUUUGUAAUUGUACGGCUGCUCAGCCAAAAGGGUUCCUAAAAUUCACUAGCGAUGACUGUGAUUAUCAAAUAAGCCCCCUUCCCGCUAUUACAGUAUAUUAUGAUGUCUAUUCUACUCUUCCCCAAAUCACCCGUUUUGUUGGCCAUUCGUGUACCAUGUGGCUGGAAAAGAAACACAUCUAUACUGACUUCUGGGGUUGGCAAACUCCAAGUCAAUCAAGAGUGCCAAUAGAAGUCAAUGCACAUGAAUGUGAAAAAAUGCGUGAUUCCCGAUUGCGCCAUGGCAAAAGCAUGGACUGCUUAGGAAACAAUAAGUGGUCGUUCGAACGUAUUCCAAAUGUGCAGGGUAGCUGGCUUCAAGUCACAGCUGAUCAGCUGAUCAACUGUCGAUUAGAAGAAGUUACUUUAGAAACUGAGUGCGCUAACUGUACAAUAAGUUCACCCAUUGGCGAUAUACCGGGAGGGAUCAACGGAUCCGUUUCUCACAACCUAGUGACCAUUGUCUGGAAAGAAUCGUUAAGAGAAGUUCAACAGUGCAAACUAAGGCUUGUGGAAACAGGAAUCGCUCAACGUUACCUGACUAACAACAGUGAAAUAGAAAGAAUUCGUGACGUCGAACAACAACUUGACUUUGUUUACAAUACAACUAACAAGAAAUAUUGUAAUUCAUCAGAAAAAAUUUACAAACAAGUAAUCGGAAUGGACAAAGUUAUUUUACGUUUACAUUCUUUAACUGAUACCAAUGCUCAUCCGAGUAAACCAUUGGAAGAAGACAUCGAAAAAAUUUCUGACAUUAUCCGAGCUGAAAUCAGCGGAGCGGCACAUUCUCAAUACGCACGAGACCGAACUACCGAUGGAAUAAAUGGAGUGGCUCGAGAAAUUCGAGCUCUGCAAUGUGAAAAUCGAGUGCUGGCACACAAAACUGCUAUCGCCACCGCACAACACAGUGGAUGGCUUGCUGCCAGUUACCUUAAUUUACCCACAUGUAGCAAAUUGAUAGCCACUGGUGAAUCGAUCAGCGUCUAUCAAUGCUCCCCGAAAAAUUCAACGAUCACCACUGAAAUCACAAGCUGUGGUCCUCAACCAAAACUCGGCGACUACACUUUAGACACUGAAGGUUGGGAACUGACACCUUACACCCCCUGUUACUGGCACAAAAAUUUCGUCAACAUUAACGGCCGAGCACAUUUCUACAAAAACAGUUCUUGGCAUCCAAUCGUCCCUGGUGUAAUAAUCCAAGGACAUAGUUUGAUCAACACUUUGCCGUAUGAAAUUGAUAAGCUACUCGCACUAAGUUUACACCCCGCGCUAACCCCCCACCCGAUGAGCACUGCAGCUGCAAUCGCCGACAUAAUUGCUGCUGCUAAAGAAGAACAUAGCAUCGACCUUGGAAAUCCUUUU